UACGAUUGGAUUGGAUCUGGGUCUAGCUCUGCGAGCCGAGCACUUGACUCGACUGUUGAAAAUGGCGUUCUGCUUGUGGUGGUAGUAUUAGAAUUAACAAUAAUCUCACAAGUAGUCAACUUAUCUGAACUCUGCUUCAUCUCCUGUAUUAAGAUUGAUUACAUGUUGUUACAAUGAUCAGAAGCUGAGCAUCACUCUAUACAAGUUACCUCUGACAUGGAUUCUCAAGGUAACAAGUCCGUCAAAGGCUUUACAGAACAAUUCCGGUCCAUCUAUCCGAAUGUGAGCAUUCAAACUCUCGGUGACAAAGGCACACAGAGUGUUGAAAAGCGAACACCUGUCAGAACUCCUCAAAAGACUGUAACUGCGGCCACGGGUCCAAAAACACCAGGUGUCAAUGUGAAAACGCCAGCUGUUGUGUAUAAGCAGAUAGUUACUACACCGAAAACACAAGUGACGAAUUUAAAUGUAAAACAAGGGACGUUAACACCUAGAGUAAGCACACCGACGCAAGCUAAACCCCCUGUUGCGGCAAAACCUCAAGCCGUCACUAAGACUCUAGUGACCCCGAAAACCCCGACUCAAGUAACCAAAGGCAAUGUGGCCGUCGCUAAAACACCAGUUCCUACACCUCAAGCGGUCAAAACAGCCGCAGUUAAAUCUCCGGCAGUCAAAACUCCGUCAGCAACUAAGACUGUCCAACAAAAGGUGGUACCGGUCAAGCAACAGACACCUGUGGUCGCCAAAGUGUCGGCCAACCUUACAGCUUCUGUAGCCAAGGAUAAUGCUCCUGAUCAGUCUACAGCUACGCUAGUGACAUAUCACAUACCUCAUCGAACAUCCAAACAAUUGACUAUAGAGAAAGUAGACCAGCAACAGAGGAUUCCUGUAGUCUUGGAUACGAAUCAGCUGGUGUUGAAAAGUGGCCAAUUGGUACUUCAGAACAGGGUCACCCCAGUGGACACCUCUCAAGUACAGUCAGUGGUGAUCGGAACGUCAGCGCUUCCUACCGCGGCUGUAGUGACUCCACAGGCUGAGAUUACUACCUCAGAACCUCUACAGUCUACUCUACAAGUCAGCCAGCAAGUGACGCUAUACGGUCCGAAGGGAAAACCGUUUGCUGUUGAUGACGUCAAAAAGCAAAUCAACUUGAAUAAGCAGGCGGUUAGCAAUACGAUGACCAACGUCGUGUCCAGUACUACCAACCCUGUUCCAGUAGCUGCCACUGUCCCUACACAGUCUGUCCAAUCCGAACAGCAGAAAAAAGCGGCUGUAUCUGCCAGGACUCAGGAAACAAGACAGAGCCCUGUGAGGGUAUCGCAGAGGGUGAGUGGGUCUUUCCGUGCGCAGCAGAAAGUAUUACCCUCCACAGCGUCUCCGCAGUACCCGAGCACCCUCGGACAGAUCAAGAAAGUGUCUCCAAAGCGAGAGAUUCCAAUGCAGAAAGUGUCACCACUACCUCCCUCCUUGCCUCCCCCGGAGAUGGAAUUGGCCAAUGAGGAAGAAGUUACUACAUCUGAAGAACUGCCCGCACAGAGGACUGAGGUUGGGAACUACCAUAUGGUUAUUUAUCUGCCCAGUGGUGAGAAGAAGGACAUCAAUGUGUCGGCAGAGUCUGUCAGUCUGCCCCUCAAUGAAAUACUUAGUUCGGCUCUCGGGGUCCCUACAGAACCCAACUCGACUGCUGUGGUUCAACAAAUCUACCAGGAAGACGUUGAAGGAGCUCAGUGGAGCAGUAAUGAAAACACUGGAGCUGAGCCAGGUGAAAUACUGGGUUUGCAAGAUGAAAUGGAGCCGGGUGAUAUGAACGAAGAAACUCCAGAGCAAAGUGUUGAUGAGGCUGACGACUCGCCAAAAGAACUUGCUUCGAGGAGUGAACCGUUGUACAAAGAUGGGCUACUUGCUGUGUGUCACUUUUGUGGCUACACCUCUGUUGACUUCAAUCAGUGCCAACGUUGCAACCGGAAAAUACCCCCAGACUGCAAAACUAUCCCUACCGAUUUCACUCAGUCAGUCGCCCUAACUCAGGUUGUGGUACAAACGACUCAAACAGGUAGAAAAACCAAAGCCGAUAGUCUCUCUGGCGGAGAAAGUCCCAAAAAGAAGAGAAUAUGCAGGAACAAGAAGAAGCCAGAAGAACCUGUGUGUCUGACGAUAUCGGACGACGAAGAGUUACUCGGGUUGCACCAUCAUCACAACGAGGAAUCGUUCCAUUCCGACUCCAACAGCCAGAUGUCGUCUUGCGAUAAGGAGCCUAUCAUCACUGACGAGAUGGUGACGGAGCUAAAGGAGUCAAUCAGUGCUGGUGAGUUUGUAGGAGGAGGACUAGACUUGGAGGAGUUGUUGGACGGUUGCAGUGAACAGCGGACGUUCCUUCAGUGUCGAACAGUCAGGGUCGGCUCGUACAAGGUCGUCCCCAAGGACAGAGUAACCAUUACACCGUACGGCAUAAAGUUCACGAUUCCAGCUAUUGGAACUACAAAUAAGUACGUAGACGUGAAGAUUCUGCACCACGAGAUUAUCAAAGUCCUGAUAAGCUUUAACCGUAGCAUGCCGGUGUUGUUCUUCUACACCAGACCGGCCGCUGCAGUCAGAAUACGCAAGCUGCUGCUGAUGACGGACAAGACCAAGUUUUACUACGACUGCAUGAGUUCGGACGAAACGCAUCGACGGAUCACAUUCCUGCCUGAGAAAAUCGACGAAGAGUGCAAAUCCACGUUGAAGGACAUAUACUCCAACCCUGACAGCCCGGUGUUGGCCGAACUGACAGGGAAGGAAGCCAACGCCAUUUUAGUAAAAGCUUCUCCCAAGGAGGUGGUAAUGUCUUUCAACUUCAACAUAAAAAACAAUUUGGUUGAAGCCUUUAUCGUCAAAAAGAAUCCCCUUCCUCCUCAGCAACAAACCCCAUUUAAUGGACAAAAUAUCAAAAUCAUCAUGGUGUACCCUCCUCCUCCAGAGAAGGGUGGCAUAUCCAUCAACACUGAAGACUACGCUUGCCUCGACUGUGAACAGUUCCUAAAUGAUGUCAUCAUUGACUUCUAUCUCAAAUACAUAGUUGAGAAGACACUAUCACCUGAAGACCGAGCUAGGACCCAUGUAUUCAGCUCGUUCUUUUACAAGCGGCUGACCACAAAACCUCCGCCCAAGAGAAAGUCCAUGAACCCUGUGGAGAAUGACCCCACAGCAUCUCCUGCAGUCAAACGACAUUCCCGCGUCAAGAACUGGACCAAGAAUGUCAACCUCUUUGCCAAAGACUUCAUCAUCAUACCUAUAAAUGAAAACUCUCACUGGUUCCUAGCAAUCGUCUGCUUCCCCGGCUUGACAGGUCGUGUGAGGUUUGACGAUAACACGCCCAUUGACCCUCCUAACAAGAAAAAGAAAAAAGAAGAAGAGAAGGCAUCACUGACUGGCAAGCAAUCAGUGACCAUAGGCUCGACCACCAUCACUGCCGUGACCCCUACACCAGGCACGGCCACCCUGGACCUGGGCGAUGAGGUGGAGGACAGGGAUGAGGCUGACGGGGAGAAUGAGAAGAUGGAUGUGCCAGAUGAAGACGAGAUUGCGCGACAUCUCCUUGAGCACAAACGUGCCACAGAGGUCAAAGAGGAACCAGAAGAAGAAGAAGAAGUACGAAAGCCUAAAAAGAAUGAGCGGAUUCCAGUGAAACAGCCGUGCAUCCUGAUCUUCGACUCGCUAGCGGGAACUCCAAGGUCGCGUGUUGUGGCUACUCUACGAGACUACUUGCGAGUUGAGUACGAGACCAAGCAUGGAGAGACGCGAGACUUCAGUGGCGAUGUUUUGAAAGGUACCAACGUCAAGUGCCCGCAACAGACCAACUACACUGACUGCGGCCUGUAUGUGCUGCAGUACGUCGAGGCGUUCUUUCAGUGUCCAAUAACGGAUUUCCACAUACCGAUUUUACAAGUGCAAGACUGGUUUCAAGCGGACAUUGUUACUCGGAAGCGAUACGACAUCCAACAGCUUCUACUUCACCUGAUGCAGGAACAAAGGAUAGACAUUGAGGCUCUCAAUCUGCCUGUGCUCAACCUGAGUCCUGACAUGGGGAUGAACUAUGCCAACAGUGAGGAGGAAGACGACGAUGAUGAAGAUUAUGAUCAUAUGGGAGACGAAGAUGAUGAGGACGAAGAUAGAUUAGAUGAAGACGGAGAUUAUAAUGAAGAGAUGAUGGACCAUGAGGAAAUGGAGGAGGGCGAGAUUACGAUAGGACAUCACGAGGAAGACGAACCGGACUACCUCGACCCCGCCAUGGAACAUGAGGAACACGAACUAGACGAGGAGGAUUACGACGAACAGAUGUGUGAAGAGGAGGAGGAACAGUGUAUGGAUGAGAUGGACGAUGUUCCACUCUCUCCUGUGGAGGCUAUUAAAGCAAAGGACUUAAAGAAAUACAGAAUCCCGAGAUUAGCUGAGAAAGACAGGUCAUCGGACAGUGUGUAGACAUUAAACAAUGUUAGGCUACUCGGCGUACAGUGUCUAUUUAUUCGGACUAUAUUAGACCUAGGAUCUGGAAUAACUUUAGUGUGAAUGAUGCAAUUGAUCAGUUUCGUUUUUGGUUGUGAAUUUGAUUUCAGUUGUCAAUUUUGUCAUACGGAGAAGUAGCUUUAACCUAAGAUUACGUUGUGAUAUUUUUUUGUUAAGGAUUUUUCUGGGUUUAAGAAGAUUGAUGAUCCCUUCUCCCUUCAAAUUAAACGUUGAAGAACUGAAAUUGGGUCAAUACAAACCUAUUAGGUACAUUUCAAAAAAUCCUUAUUAUUUUAGAUGCAAUUUUCAAACUUUUUAUUCCGUAUUAGUGAUGUAAAAACAAUCAAAUUAAUGUAAAGGUCCUAUAGUUUUAUUUUAAGUGGAAAAAACAUACUUGUAAAAAUAUUUUACCUUAUUUCUUUACUAAAUGUAUGAGGUUCAUUUAGUUUGAUUGCUCCUAUCCUGUACAUACUGUACAAAACCAACUUUUUAUUAUUUUGCAUUGCAUUUUUUUUAACAUGUCAUAAUGUGUUGGUGUUGUCAGCAUAAAAUGUGAUUUUCUAAUCAUACUGUAAAACUAUAAUCUUUGUGAUGUGUAUAUAAUUAUUGUUAAUCUUAUUUUACAAUAAAGAUUCCACAAACUUUGGUGUCCAAGCUAGUUAUUUAUGAAGUUAAAAUUAUUUUUUAAUCUAGGUUUUAACACAUUAGCUACCAAGUAGACUCAUACCUCAGUUACAGAGGAGUGUGACGGUCGGUAAGUGUGAACGUGUUAAAAAGAUGUUUUGGCUGUGCACAUGAUUGUGUAUACUUUGGGGAAAUUAAAAACAUUAUUUUAUAAUAAACGGAUUAGCCAGACUAAUUCCUUAAAUGAGUUAAAGUGCUAGUUUUCUUGAUAUUUUAUAGUUUGUUUAAUAAAUGAUAAGGACACUUAUUUGACUUGAGUUUAGAAUGUAACUUCACUCACAGAUGUGUUUUUCUUCUAAAGAUUAGUUGGUUAUGUUUUUUAUGUAGGUUACUAAGUUUUUAAGUCUGUUGUUUCAAACAUGCGUUUUAACUUUGCUUAGGAUCUCAUAAUGCAAAACCAUGAUGUUUUAGAGAAAAAAUAAGAUUUAAAUUAGAAGGAAGAAAUGUACAGCAGAAAAGGUGGGUUAAAACCAAACAUACUCCCUUAGUAGAUUUCUCAUUCUUAUGAAUCAUCUGAAGACAAUUUUAUUGUAGGUGCACUGGAGAGGUUGUGUUUACUUUACAAUUUGUUUCUUGUUAUUCGGUCGUUUAAAACCUUCUUUUACCAAAUAAACGAUCUAAUCAUAAAAGGUAAUUCAUCCCCUAGUUAUAUAACCAGACAGUAAAGCACAAAUCCUUAAAUCAACCCUUAAGUAAUAGAAACAAAAUUUUGUCAACCCUAGCCAUCAGUGUCACCAACAUGAACUAAACACAAAAACAAGCUUCAAAAUUUACAACGGGAUGAGAAGUCUACUUGUGUUGGUUAGUCUAUGAUUCAGAUCACUCAUUACAGUAUAAUAUUUUAAAAGUCUGUGAAGUUUUCAAAGAAAGUAAUAAAACAUAAAACAAACCUAGCCUAUAACUUAUAUUCCAUCGAAUCGUUUCAAGUCAGUUGGUUAAAAAGCAUGCAUUUUGUUUUUGUUUUUAGAUGGUGCUAUUUCUGGUUUUGACACAAGUGGGAAACACUUAUUUUUACAUAAUAGUUGAAGUAUCCAACAACACAGUCUACAGGACUUUAAUUUUAAGUUUUAUUUACAUUUUAACAAUUUAGGGAACUUGUUGAGACCAAUAAUUUGUUGAUUUCACAUUAAAGUUAUUCCUCAGCAAGCUCGGACGCAGUUGAGUUUCUAUAUUCCGCUUAAUUUAAGAUUUUUGUAUCUAUGUACUGAUAAAUAAUUAGGUAUUAAUGACUGUAUAUAAUUUGUCGAAUACAAGUGUUUUUUUCCUAA